AUGCGUCCCUCGACAUCCGAUACGGAUGCCGGGAAGAACAAAGACUCGCCCAGUACUAUAAAACGCAGCACGCCAUCGCUGCAGCAUAUUGCAGCACGGUACAAAAAGGAAUCGGUGCCCGCCGAAAGCAACACGCAUGAGGAGAAACAAAGUUUAGCUUCCGAUAGUGACACUCCAGCGCCAAGUCUACGAAGACUUGGACUUGCAGGCCGCUUGGGGUCUGCAGCCGAGGCGCCUAAUGCAAAGCCCGCGUCCAUACCCUUUACCAAAAGCAGCGGCAUGCCGAGCCUAAAUGAGAUCCGGACGCGGCUCAACCAGCGUGGUGUAGAUAUCACGUCAUCCAAAUGGAGCAAGCGCAGUCCAAGCCCUACUCAAAGAAAUGCAGAAGAGUACGAGGCCGAGGAUGAGACACGCGUGCGACGCACGGCGUCAAAUGAGGCGGUUGAAACCGUUAUGAAAGAAAUCGGCUCACCUGACGAGCCUGCAGCGAACACAGAACGCAAGACUGUACAAUUUGCAACUGAAGAGCCCACCGCCGACUCGCAAAAGCAGGUACUGGACGGUGCGAAUGCCGCUGAUACGGAGACGGAUCCGCCAACACCAGCGCCCGACUCCUCCGGUCCGCAAGCGGAGCGUGGUCGCGAGGCUGCGCGUGCUGCCAAGGGCGGCAAGAAGCACCCCUUACAAGAGGUGUGGACUUUGUACUAUGACUUUAUACGACACCACGGCUCCGGCGGCAAAGACAAGAACAAGGACCAGUUCGAAGCGACGUUGAAAUGCAUCGGCAACUUUACCACGCUUGAAUCCUUUUUUGAUACAUUUGCCACCUUGCACCGGCCCAGUCAGCUGGAAAAGAAUUCGAACUACCACUUGUUCAAGCGUGGGAUCAAGCCGAUGUGGGAAGAUGCUGCAAAUGCCGACGGUGGACGCUGGAUCCUUACGUUGCGCGCACAAAAUACUUCGCCUGUUUCGCAAACCUACCAUGGCGCCCUGCUUGACCGGUGUUGGAUGUGGCUUGUGUUUGGCCUGAUUGGCGAGCACUUUGAUGACAAUGAUAUCGUCUCUGGUGCGGUCUGCUCCUUGCGCGGGAAGGGCGACCGCAUUGCGCUAUGGACCCGCAAAAAGACGCCGGUUGAGGAGGUGAAUGCGCUGGGAAACAAGCUUUUGGAUUUACUGCAGCUCAAAAAUGAGCGCAAUGUACAUAUGGAGUUUAGCGUCAACCACGGCGCCAAGAAUCCAGAGUACAUUAGUAUGCACAACCUGCCAGGAAAAUCUGCGGCGCCCGAGGAGCUUGACGAGCAGGACACACGUGUAGAUACGUGGCUUGAUAGCGAGCUGACACUCCAUCCUGCCGACCAUGCGCGCUACUACUCGGAGCAGCAAAAAAUGGGCGGAGAGAAUGCGGUGAAUAUGUAG